AUGCAGGACCUUCCUCCUGGCACUGGCAGAUACCACCUGCCACCCCAGGACGAGGGAGUUGAUGAAGCCGGCCAGUCUCUGCUGAGGGACCCUCACGCACCUGCUCCGUACGAGAGCCACCUCGGGGCUGGCGACGUCCCCGGCCGCCCUGUUUCCGCCUACAGUCUCACAGAAUCAUACGCGCCUGGCGCCGGUGCCCGGACACCAGUUCCCGGUGAGACGGCCUUCACCUCUGGGUAUAGCAACGAGCUCGACUCGGAUCCCAACGGCGGCUUUGGCUACGGCCGACCCGCCUCUACUGUCGACGCCGACGAGAGCUGGACCCGCAGACAGCAGCCCGGCAACCAGGGUGGCGGUCUGAAGCGUUAUGCGACCCGUAAGAUCAAGCUUACUCAGGGCUCCGUCCUGAGUAUCGAUUACCCCGUCCCCAGUGCUAUCAAGAACGCUGUCCAGCCAAAGUACCGUGACGUCGAGGGCGGUAGUGAGGAGUUCAUGAAGAUGCGCUACACGGCCGCCACUUGCGACCCCAACGAUUUCACCCUCAAGAACGGUUACGAUUUGCGCCCCAGAAUGUAUAACAGACACACCGAGCUGCUCAUCGCCAUCACCUACUACAACGAAGACAAGGUGCUGUUGUCCAGAACCCUUCACGGUGUUAUGCAGAACAUCCGCGACAUCGUCAACCUGAAGAAGUCCACUUUCUGGAACAAGGGUGGCCCUGCCUGGCAAAAGAUUGUUGUCUGUCUCGUUUUCGACGGUAUCGAGAAGACUGACAAGAACGUUUUGGACGUCUUGGCCACUGUCGGUAUCUACCAGGACGGUGUGGUGAAGAAGGAUGUUGACGGCAAGGAGACCGUUGCCCACAUCUUCGAGUACACCUCCCAGCUGUCAGUCACGCCCAACCAGCAGCUCAUCCGCCCCGUCGACGAUGGCCCCUCGACCCUCCCUCCCGUGCAGUUCAUUUUCUGCUUGAAGCAGAAGAACAGCAAGAAGAUCAACUCCCACAGAUGGCUCUUUAACGCCUUCGGUCGUAUUCUGAACCCCGAGGUCUGCAUUCUCAUCGAUGCUGGUACCAAACCCAGUCCCCGAUCGCUGCUCGCGCUUUGGGAGGGUUUCUACAACGACAAAGACCUUGGUGGUGCUUGUGGCGAGAUUCACGCCAUGUUGGGCAAGGGAGGCAAGAAGCUUCUCAACCCCCUCGUCGCCGUCCAGAACUUUGAGUACAAGAUCUCCAACAUUCUGGACAAGCCUCUCGAAAGUUCGUUCGGUUACGUCUCCGUGUUGCCCGGUGCUUUCUCUGCCUACCGCUUCCGCGCCAUUAUGGGUCGUCCGCUCGAGCAGUACUUCCACGGUGACCACACCCUGUCCAAGAUUCUCGGUAAGAAGGGUAUCGACGGAAUGAACAUUUUCAAAAAGAACAUGUUCUUGGCCGAGGAUCGUAUUCUUUGCUUCGAGCUGGUCGCCAAGGCCGGCCAGAAGUGGCAUUUGUCGUACAUCAAGGCCGCCAAGGGUGAGACCGACGUUCCCGAGGGCGCGGCUGAGUUCAUCAGCCAGCGUCGUCGUUGGCUCAAUGGUUCCUUCGCCGCCUCUCUGUACUCGCUCAUGCACUUCGGUCGCAUGUACAAGUCUGGCCACAACAUCAUCCGCAUGAUCUUCUUCCACAUCCAGCUCAUCUACAACGUCCUCCAGGUCCUCUUCACAUGGUUCAGUUUGGGUUCUUACUACCUGACCACAACUGUCAUCAUGGAUCUCGUCGGUACCGCGGUCGUUUCCGACGACCCCGAGGUUGCCCGUCAUGGCUGGCCUUUCGGCGACACAGCGACGCCCAUCGUCAACGCUCUGCUCAAGUAUCUCUAUCUGGCCUUCGUCAUCUUGCAGUUCAUCCUGGCUCUGGGUAACAGACCCAAGGGUUCCAAGUACACCUACAUCGCUUCUUUCGUCGUAUUCGGUCUCAUCCAGUCUUACAUCUUGGUUCUCUCGAUGUACCUGGUCGUUCAAGCUUUCAAGAAGCCCAUCGGCGAGCAGAUCAGUCUCGACUCCGGUGCGGACUUCGUCGCCAGUUUCUUCGGAGGCACGAACGCCGCUGGUGUCAUUCUCGUCGCCCUGGUCACCAUCUACGGUCUCAACUUCAUCGCCUCCUUCAUGUACCUCGACCCCUGGCACAUGUUUACCUCCUUCCCUCAUUACCUCGUCCUCAUGUCGACUUACAUCAACAUUCUCAUGGUCUACGCCUUCAACAACUGGCACGAUGUGUCCUGGGGUACGAAGGGUUCGGACAAGACUGAGGCACUGCCUUCUGCACACGUCAGCAAGGGUGAGAAGGACGAGGCCGUGGUGGAAGAAAUUGAUAAGCCGCAAGAGGACAUUGACAGUCAGUUUGAGUCCACUGUCAAGCGCGCUCUGGAGCCCUACAAGGAGGCGGAAGAGGUUGAGAAGCCCGACAUUGAGGACUCCUACAAGUCUUUCCGUACCGGUCUGGUCGUGACUUGGCUCUUUUCCAACACCUUCUUGAUCAUUGUCAUCACGAGCGAUAACUUCAACUCGUUUGGCAUUGGCGAUACCGCAUCCAAGCGUACUGCCUCUUACUUUAGCUUCUUGCUGUACUCCACUGCCAUCCUCUCGUUGGUCCGUUUCUUCGGAUUCUUGUGGUUCUUGGGCAGGACCGGUAUCAUGUGCUGCUUCGCCAGACGGUAA